CGGGCGGCAGAAGGCUCCCAAUCCAGUUAAUUAGCAAAUGAUCUUAUUUAAGAAGAUGUCGCCCAGGUGAUGUGCUUCAGCGCUAAUGAGCCAGUGCCACCAUGUUGCUGCUCUUUGCUGCACUUUUCUGCUGUGCAACCCGUCAGCAUGGCCGCUGUGCUCCGUCACCAGCCAAAGACAAAGACAUCCUCAUCAAAGCACUCGAGUACACCGAGAACAACCCGGAGACGCUAGCAGGCUUGAUGGAUGAUGCAGUGGCGGAGGGUGACAUGCUUCUGCAAAGUAACCGUAACGCAGUGGACAGACUGUGGCCUUCCACAAAGAUCCCGUACAAGAUUGAUUCCAAUUUGGGCUUCCGCACCAAUGACAUUGAGAUGGCGCUGAACAUGAUCUAUUCCCACACCUGCUUGUCCUUCCACAAGCGUACCACCGAGGUGGACUACCUCUUCUUCAAAGACGGCUUUGGGUGUGCGUCCUACGUGGGCUUCAUAGGCGGCAAGCAGGAUGUGCACAUGGGCAGCAACUGCAGGUUCGGCAACAUCGUCCACGAGGUCCUCCAUGCGCUGGGAUUCUACCACGAGCACACAAGGAUGGACCGCGGGAAAUACAUCAGCAUUGUGUCCGGUAACAUCAUGCAAGGGCAUCAUAAAAACUUCCGGAAGCAAAUUGGGGAAACGUUCCAGCUCGCGUACGACCUGACCUCCAUCAUGCACUACGGCAGGACUUUCUUCUCGGCAAAUGGGAAGCCCACCAUCGUGCCCAAAGUGGAGGCCAGUAACAUGGGUCAGCGCGUCGGCAUGACUCACACAGACGUCCGAAGAGUUCGUCUGCUCUACAAAUGUGACCAAAUGGGCAGAGUGGUGGCACCCAAGUGGUUGGAACCUGCAGACAAAUCUGCGCCACCCUUUAUUGCGCAGCUGGAAGAUGCCAUCGCCCUCCCCCGCAAUACCACCCGGUCCCUGCUGGAGGGCGCCAGAAACACCAGCUGAACAGAUGACAGUAUUGAAAUAAAAUCGGUCACCUUUUUGUGGCAUCACUACAA